CUCUCCCCACUCCUUCAUCUCCAUGGGACACGCGGUCGCGUGCAUAUGACGUCACAGGCGCCGGGCCGGCCCUUUGUUAGCGAAAGGCGGAAGUGCCGGCCGCUGGCCCUUUCCCCGGGCUUUGCGCAUGCGCCAUCGGGAGCCAUGUCGAGCGUGGCGGCCAGCGCCGCUUCGGGUCUUCCCGCGCCCCCUCCGGCCGAGCAGAAGCCGCCGCCUGACCUCAAGCCUUGCUGCGCCUGCCCGGAGACGAAGCAGGCCCGCGACGCUUGCAUCAUCGAAAAAGGAGAAGAGCGCUGCGGUCCGCUCAUUGAGGCCCACAAAGAGUGCAUGAGAGCCCUCGGCUUUAAGAUAUAAACAUGCUCAGCUACGGAUCCGGAUGGAUGGUGAUUUGCUGCUGGACGACUGCAGGCACUUGGAUGUUCGUAUCAGCUUGAAUGGGUUUUUUUAAUCUCUAUCAGAAGAUGACUUUAUUUAAAUUUAUUGCAAAUAUAUUUAUGACAGAUUUCUAAAAAUCAAAGUUAUAUAUAUUGAUAUAGUCUGACUGGUUUCCCCCAUUGCAGGAUCCAGACUGUGCAAUGACAUGGCAGUUGGAUAUAUAUAUUUUUAAAAAGUUCUCGCUGGAGCGCAUUUUCUGUGCUUCCUUUCCCUAAAGGCGAAGUUGGCGCAAUCAGUAAAGCUGCCACCAGUUCACUGUGCUUUCAUUCCUCA